AUGGCCGACGGCAGGUAUGACAGUAAUUACAAUGGAAAUGCGCUCAAUAAGACGCCUGAAAAGCCUUUUACCUGCUCGAUAUGUUUUCGAGCUUACAAGCGACCGGGCAGUCUCACCAGGCACGCUUUUCUCAAGCACACCAACGAGGAGCCCUUAAGGUGUACCGUGUGCUCGAAAGUUUUCUACCAAAGCAGCCAUCUCAGCGUGCACAUGCGUACCCACGGCGAUGAUGCAAGGCCCUACGGUUGCUCCAUGUGCUCCAGAACUUACAAGCGGGAGUACCACUUCGAGAACCACAUGGUGAAGCACGAGUGGGGCCUGGUCGGUGGGCCCUUCCGUUGCACCGAGUGCCUGCAAACUUUUUCCAACAACAGCCUCCUCACGAAGCACGUGAAAGCCCACCACAGCUACAACUGCGCCCUGUGCCCCCAAACCUUCGUCCGGAGAAGUCAUCUGGACUACCACGUGCACCAGAAACACUUGUUCCGUUGUAACGAGUGCCCACUGGUUUUCACCGAUUUCAGCGAACUCAAGCACCACAACCACGUCUGUCAUUUUUACCGCUGCUCUCUUUGCUCGGUAUCUUUCAGUCGGAGCAUACAUCGCUCGAGGCACAUGGCCACUCAACAUUGCUUCCGUUGCUACGUGUGUCGAAAAAUCAGUGCCACUUACCACGGCCUCUUGAGCCACAGAUGCAGUGGAUAUUAUAUUUAA